CCGAUGGCGCCAUCCACGGUGGGCCUCCUUGUCGUCUCCCUUCUGCAAGCUGCCAUCACUCUGAACCCUGAGGACCCCAAUGUGUGUAGCCACUGGGAGAGCUAUGCCGUGACUGUGCAGGAGUCUUAUGCACACCCCUUUGAUCAGAUCUACUACACACGAUGCGCAGAUAUACUCAACUGGUUCAAGUGCACCCGGCACCGGAUCAGCUAUAAGACGGCGUACAGGCGUGGCCUCCGGACCAUGUACCGGCGGAGGUCCCAGUGCUGCCCCGGCUACUAUGAGAAUGGAGACUUCUGCAUUCCCCUGUGCACCGAGGAGUGCAUGCAUGGCCGUUGCGUCUCUCCAGACACCUGCCAUUGUGAACCUGGAUGGGGAGGCCCUGACUGCUCCAGCGGUUGUGACAGCGAGCACUGGGGUCCCCACUGCAGCAAUCGGUGUCAGUGUCAGAACGGCGCCCUGUGCAACCCUAUCACCGGCGCCUGCGUGUGCGCCCCUGGCUUCCGAGGCUGGCGCUGUGAAGAACUCUGCGCGCCUGGUACCCACGGCAAGGGCUGCCAGCUGCCUUGUCAGUGCCACCACGGUGCCAGUUGUGACCCACGCACUGGCGAGUGCCUCUGCGCACCAGGCUACACUGGCGUCUACUGCGAGGAGCUGUGCCCCCCUGGGAGCCAUGGAGCUCACUGUGAACUACGCUGCCCCUGCCAAAAUGGGGGCACCUGCCACCACAUCACUGGAGAGUGUGCCUGCCCUCCAGGCUGGACGGGAGCAGUGUGUGCCCAGCCUUGCCCACCAGGAACGUUUGGCCAGAACUGUAGUCAGGACUGUCCAUGCCACCAUGGAGGCCAGUGUGAUCAUGUGACUGGACAAUGCCACUGUACAGCUGGAUACAUGGGGGACAGGUGCCAAGAGGAAUGUCCCUUUGGAACUUUUGGUUUCCGGUGCUCUCAGCGCUGUGACUGCCACAACGGAGGUCAGUGUUCGCCGACCACAGGUGCCUGUGAGUGUGAGCCUGGCUACAAGGGCCCUAGCUGCCAGGAGCGGCUAUGCCCCGAGGGCUUGCAUGGUCCAGGCUGCACCUUGCCCUGUCCCUGUGACACUGAGAACACUAUCAGCUGUCAUCCAGUCACUGGAGCUUGUACCUGCCAACCUGGCUGGUCAGGCCACUUCUGCAAUGAGUCCUGCCCUGCCGGCUACUAUGGCAACGGUUGCCAGCUACCCUGCACCUGCCAGAAUGGCGCUGACUGCCACAGCAUCACUGGGGGCUGCACUUGUGCCCCAGGCUUCAUGGGAGAAGUGUGUGCUGUUCCCUGCGCUGCUGGGACCUAUGGUCCCAACUGCUCCUCUGUAUGCAGCUGUAGCAAUGGCGGCACCUGUUCCCCUGUGGAUGGCUCCUGCACUUGCCAAGAGGGGUGGCAGGGCCCGGACUGCUCCCUGCCAUGUCCCAGUGGGACAUGGGGCCUGAACUGCAAUGAGACUUGUGCCUGUGCCAACGGGGCAGCCUGCAGCCCUUUCGAUGGCUCCUGCGCCUGUACCCCAGGCUGGCUGGGGGACUCCUGUGAACUGCCCUGCCCAGCUGGCACGUUUGGGAUGAACUGUAGCGAGCAUUGCGAUUGCAGCCAUGCCGAUGGCUGUGACCCUGUCACAGGCCACUGCUGCUGCCUAGCAGGAUGGACAGGCAUCCGCUGUGACAGCAUGUGCCCCCCUGGUCGCUGGGGCCCCAACUGCUCAGUGCCCUGCAGCUGUGAGAACGGAGGCUCCUGUUCCCCAGAGGAUGGGAGCUGCGAGUGUGCCCCUGGCUUCCGAGGACCCUUAUGUCAGAGAAUCUGCCCACCAGGGUUCUACGGCCAUGGCUGCACCCAGUCUUGCCCUCUCUGCGUGCACAGCAACGGGCCCUGCCACCAUGUCAGUGGCAUCUGUGAGUGCCUACCAGGAUUCUCUGGAGCCUUGUGCAACCAAGUGUGUGCUGGAGGGCACUUUGGGCAGGACUGUGCCCAGCUCUGUUCCUGUGCCAACAACGGGACCUGCAACCCCAUCGAUGGCUCCUGUCAGUGCUUCCCUGGGUGGAUCGGCAAGGACUGCUCACAGGCCUGCCCAUCUGGGUUCUGGGGCUCUGCCUGCUUUCAUACAUGCAGCUGCCACAACGGGGCGAGCUGCAGCGCCGAGGAUGGGGCCUGCCACUGCACCCCUGGCUGGACUGGACUCUUCUGCACGCAGCGUUGCCCUGCAGCAUUUUUUGGGAAGGAUUGUGGGCACAUAUGCCAGUGUCAGAAUGGAGCCAGCUGUGACCACAUCACUGGGAAAUGCACCUGUCGAACAGGCUUCACCGGGCGCCACUGUGAACAGAGAUGUGCCCCCGGAACCUUUGGAUAUGGGUGUCAGCAGCUAUGUGAGUGCAUGAACAAUGCCACUUGUGACCAUGUCACUGGUACUUGUUACUGCAGCCCCGGAUUCAAAGGAAUCAGGUGUGACCAAGCUGCCCUCAUGAUGGAUGAACUAAAUCCCUACACCAAGAUCAGUCCAGCUUUGGGAGCAGAGCGGCACUCAGUGGGUGCUGUCACGGGCAUCAUCCUCCUGUUGUUCCUGGUUGUGGUGUUGCUGGGCCUGUUUGCCUGGCGACGGAAGCGGCAGAAAGAAAAAGGCCGUGACUUGGCUCCUCGUGUCUCCUACACCCCAGCCAUGAGGAUGACCAGCACAGACUACUCUCUCUCAGAUUUGUCUCAAAGUAGCAGCCAUGCCCAGUGCUUUUCCAAUGCCAGCUACCACACACUGGCGUGUGGGGGGCCUGCCACCAGCCAGGCCAGCACUCUGGACAGGAACAGCCCCACCAAGCUCAGUAACAAGUCCCUUGACAGAGACACAACAGGCUGGACCCCCUACAGCUAUGUGAACGUGUUAGACUCCCAUUUCCAGAUCAGUGCCCUGGAGGCCAGGUACCCGCCCGAGGACUUCUACAUUGAACUUAGACACCUCAGCCGCCACAAUGAGCCACACUCAUCAGGCACUUGUGGAAUGGAUAGACGUCAGAACACAUACAUUAUGGACAAAGGCUUCAAAGAUUACAUGAAAGAAUCUGCGUGCAGUUCUAGCACUUGUUCCUUGAACAGCAGUGAAAACCCUUACGCUACAAUUAAGGAUCCACCCAUCCUCACCUGCAAGCUUCCAGAAAGCAGCUAUGUAGAAAUGAAGUCACCUGUGCACAUGGGGUCUCCGUACACAGAUGUGCCAUCCUUGUCGACAUCUAAUAAAAAUAUAUAUGAAGUUGGUAGGUGUCUCACAUAAGUAACUUAGCAAAACCAGGGCAACAGUGCAGCAUCUCAAGUGAAAACUAACUCUCCUCCACUCACUCUCUCCACAACACACCCUUCUGUUUGGCUGCAUUUGAAGGAACCCAAGGAGAAAUUCCAUCCCAGAACUGCCCUCUCCUCUAAUGCAGGAAAACAAAGUCUUUUGCCACUCUGCUUACAAAUUACAACUGAUAAGCAGUAGAAAUAGCAAGGUUGGGGAACCAGUAUACAACACUUCAACUGAUUGUUGGUGCAAAUCCAAGUUUGAAAAAGAAAACCAUCAGAACUGCUGUUUACAAGUUUCCAAAUCACU